AUGCCACUUCCGACGGCAACAGCAUCGUCGAGCACGAUCUUCCUAUUCGUCCUCAUCCUCGCCUUCUUCCCCGACAUCUUCUUCGGCAUCCUCAAGCUACCAUUUAAGCCGUUCUUCAACUCGACGCCGCCAGUCCCGACGCUCGCGACGUGCGCCUGCUGCCCGCCGGCACAUUGCUACAACAACAUCCUCGCAACAGCAAACCCACCAACCCUCCCAACAACACCACCAGCACCGCAACCCGCCACAAUGUCCUGGUUCCAGAAGUCGAUCGCGCUGCCGCCCAAGUCCAAGGGCGCGUACCUAGUGACGGACCACGUGACGAACGCGCUGCCGGAGCUGCGCGAGUACAAGGUCGGCUUGCUGAACCUGUUCGUGCAGCACACGUCGUGCGCACUCAGCCUGAAUGAGAACUGGGACGAGGAUGUGCGCGACGAUAUGUCGGAUGCGUUGGAUCGGAUUGCGCCCGAGGACCGCAAGGGCGAUCUGUAUCGCCAUAGUGCCGAGGGGUUGGAUGAUAUGCCGGCACACAUCAAGUCGGCGCUCGUGGGCGCGUCGGUCACGAUUCCCAUCUCGAAUGGCCGCCUGGCGACUGGCACGUGGCAGGGCAUCUGGUACCUGGAGUUCCGGGCCUCGAAGCACUCGCGUAAGGUCGUUGCCACGAUCCAGGGCGAGAAGAACUGA